GAUGUUCUACAAUAAAGCAUAAGUUAAAUGCGGAAUGAAAGCGAUGAUAAAUAUAACAUUAUUAGAAGAUCAAAUGUGCGAGUCUCGACUAGUUGAGGAAAUGUGAUGGUCUGCCAGGAGCAAAACAACCAAAAGUUAUGCACCGUCAGUGUUUGUAUAAAUGCCACAACAACAACAUUCCCACAUUCUUGGAACUAGAAACCCACUACGAUUGCCUUCUACAAUUCUGUAGUAGCUUGGUCACUCUCAAGCAAAUCCACUCAUCUCUCACAACCCGUGGCUUCAUCAAACAAAGUUCUCAUCUGGGUGCCAAGAUCAUCAUCCAGUACUCCAAGUACGAACACCUAGACACUGCUCGCUCUCUGUUUGAUGAAAUCCACAAUGGACCCAAUUCUUUCCUCUACAACACAAUGCUUCGCGCCUACGCAAAUGGGGGUCACUAUUCUCAGACUCUGGAGCUGUAUUUGCUCAUGCAAAGAACUCGUAUCCGACCCAACAACUACACUUUCCCUUUCGUGCUCAAAGCAUGCGCUUCUCAAUCUUUGUCCCCACACGGAAAGUUGGUUCAUGGAGAUGUUAUAAGAGCUGGGUUCGAUUCGGAUAUGUAUGUUGAGGCUGCUCUGGUGGACAUGUAUGCAAAAUGCGGCUUGAUUGAUGAUGGUCGCCAGGUGUUUGAUAGAAUGUCUAAGAGGGGCCUGGUUUGCUGGACAGCAAUGAUCACGGCGUAUGAGCAGGCUGAGCGAGCCAAGGACGCGUUGAUUUUGUUGGAGAAGAUGCAGCAAGAGGGGCUGUUUAUGGAUUCUGUUGCGGCUGUGAGCAUUUCCUCGGCUGUUGGUCAAUUGGGAGAUGCCAAAAUGGCCAAAUCAGUUCAUGGGUAUGUCAUCCGUAAUGCCUUCCUCGAAGAUUUAUGCACGGGGAAUGCGAUUAUUGCCAUGUAUGCUCAGUGUGCGGAUGUAGAAAAGGCACGUUUGGUGUUCAAUUGCAUGGAGGAAAGAGAUGGGAUAUCGUGGAAUUCUAUGCUUUCGGCCUAUACCCAAAAUGGACUAGCUAGUGAAGCAUUGUUACUUUUUGACCAAAUGCAAGAUUUCGGUGUUAAAACUAAUCCUGUGACAGCAUUGAUCAUGGUUUCUGCGUGUGCUUAUCUGGGAUCCCGUCAACAUGGGAGGAGACUCCAUAGUCUUAUAAUUGAUCUCAAGAUAGAACUUGAUGUGAUGCUUUGGAAUGCAAUCAUCGACAUGUACGCCAAAUGUGGAGAUUUAGACACUGCUGUUGAAAUAUUCAGGAACAAUAAUCCCAGUAACAGGGAUGUUAGUUCUUGGAAUGUGUUGAUAUUGGGGUAUGGCAUGCAUGGGUUCGGGAAAGAAGCACUGGAACUCUUUUCACAGAUGCAAAAAGAAAGUGUUGAACCAAAUCACAUCACUUUCACAUCCAUUCUCUCUGCUUGUAGUCAUGCUGGCCUUAUCAAUGAAGGUAGGAAGUGUUUUGCAGAAAUGACUAAAUUCUCUGUGAUACCUGAGGCAAAACACUAUGCUUGCGUGGUUGAUAUGCUUGGCCGGGCAGGGCUUUUGUAUGAAGCUUAUGAUUUGAUCAAAACAAUGCCUUCACGGGCAAAUGACGGGGUAUGGGGUGCAUUGCUUUUGGCUUGCAGAAUCCAUGGAAACAAUGAGUUAGGUGAAAUUGCAGCCAUUAAUUUGUUCCAGCUUGAGCCAGAACAUUCUGGAUACUAUGUGCUAAUGUCAAACCUAUAUGUAGCAUCGAGCAAAUGGCAAGAAGUUGGGAAACUGAGACAAGAUAUGAAGAGUCGAGGAUUGAGGAAAACCGCCGCAUUCAGUGUGAUAGAGUUUCGUAAAAUGGUUUCCACACUGCAGAUCAGAUGAAUCCGUACUGGAGAGAAGUUUAUAGAGAAGUAGAGAGAUUGGCAAUUGAGAUGAAGAUGGCGGGGUAUGUGCCCGAUCAGUCCUGUGUGCUGCAUGAUGUCGAAGAGGAAGACAGAGCAUAUUCUCAACUAUCACAGUGAGAAGCUGGCUGUGGCAUUUGGACUCAUGAAGAUUGACCCGGGAAUUGCAAUUCAUGUGACCAAGAACCUACGAGUUUGCAAUGAUUGUCAUUCAGCGUUUAAACUUAUGUCACGUAUUUAUGGAAGAAAAAUCAUUGUCAGAGAUGCAAAUCGUUUCCAUCACUUUCAAGAGGGCUUAUGCUCAUGCAAGGAUUACUGGUAAGUGCAUGGCCUGUGGCUAGAGAUCUAACAAAGAUAUCUGUUUGAGAUAUUUUCAUGGAACUUGAUCAUACAGCAAGGCCUAAUCUUUAAUGGAUUCAAUCUAGUGGCUACUUGCUGUUGCUGGUG